AUGCACUUUUCUCAUAUUCUACCGCUUUUAUUGGCGGUGCCUGCUCUAGCAGGGUCUCCUACUGGCGGCUAUACACCAGGUCAAGUCGACUGUCCAGAUGGAUCUCUUGUGCGACCGGCUGACAGUCUUAAUCCAAAAGAAGCAGAUUUUGUUCAGAAACGUCAUGAAGUGGCUAGACCGGCUCUGAUAGACUGGCUGAACAGAGCCAAUUUAUCGGAUUUCAGUGCCGACCAGUUCUUGUCCAAUUCAACCAUUCCUAUUGCAAUUGCAUUUUCCGGUGGUGGUUAUCGUGCCAUGUUGGCAGGUGCUGGCGAGUUUUCUGCUCUCGAUAACAGAACUGCUAAUUCCACCAACCAACACCAUAUGGGUGGUUUGGUUCAGGCUGCUACCUAUUUUGCAGGUCUUUCUGGUGGUAAUUGGUUACUGGGUUCAAUUGUUAUGAACAAUUUCACGUCGAUUCCGGAAUUACAGGGCUCUUCAGAUGUGUGGGACUUGUCUCAUUCUAUUCUCAAUCCUGGUGGGAUUAAUGUAUUCAGUACUGCUUCUUACUGGGAUGACAUUGCAGACGAUGUCAAGAGCAAGAAAAAGGCCGGUUUCAACACGUCUAUCACCGAUAUCUGGGGCAGAGCAUUGUCUCACCAGUUUUUCAACCUGUCUAAUGGUGGACCAGCCUUGACUUUUGACGAUGUCGUCAACUACGAUGUGUUCCAAAACCAUGAAAUGCCCUUCCCUAUUGUCGUUUCCGACGGUCGUGCUCCUGGUACCACUGUUAUUUCUACCAACUCCACAGUCUUUGAACUGACGCCCUACGAGCUCGGUUCUUGGGACCCUACCAUCUAUGCAUUCACCCAGAUCAAAUAUCUCGGAACGCAGGUCCAGAACGGCAAGCCUGUUAAUGGCACCUGUAUUGCAGGUUUCGACAAUGCCGGAUUCACUAUUGGUACCUCGUCGACGCUGUUCAACCAGUUUAUUCUCCAGAUCAACUCGACCGGUGUUUCUGGCGUUGUGUACGACCUUGCUACUGAUAUUCUUGAUGAUAUUGGCAAGAAGAGUGACGAUAUUGCCAUUUACGAUCCAAAUCCAUUUUUUAAGGUAGACACUGUCACCAACGGUAUCACCACCAACAGCGUUCUUAAUCUUGUCGACGGUGGUGAGGACAACGAAAAUAUUCCCCUCGUGCCUCUUAUCCAACCUGAACGUAAAUUGGAUGUUGUAUUUGCCUUUGACAACUCUGCUGAUACUACCUACAACUGGCCCAACGGUUCGUCACUGGUUGCCAGUUUCCAACGUCAAUUCGGAAAUGAGAGUAACAACACCAUCUUCCCGUAUGUUCCCGACACGAAUACAUUCAUCAAUAACGGAUACACCAAGAGACCGACGUUUUUCGGCUGUAACGCCACGAACCUGACUUCACUGUUCAACGACUCGCAGUCGACUCAAGACCACUUUGUGCCUCCUCUGAUUAUCUACAUUGCCAACUUUGCUCACUCGUACUUCUCCAACACCUCGACGUUCAAAAUGUCGUACGAAACCGACGAAGUUGCCGGCAUGAUCGAGAACGGAUACAACGUGGUCACCCAGCAGAACGGUACCAUUGACAGCGACUGGCCAGCCUGUGUCGGCUGCGCCAUCAUCAAGCGAGAGCUCGACCGUCGCGGCCAAUCACCCACCGACCAGUGCCAGCAGUGUUUCGACAAAUACUGCUGGGACAGUGCCGUCGACAACCAGGCCGUCAACAUCUCGGGUGAGAACUUCGCACCCACCCUGUCCGUGGCCAACCACACCAGCAGCGCCUCUGUCGCGACCGCUGGGUCCGUGUUCACCACGUCUCUCUACGUAAUCUGUGCUGUAGGAGCCCUGUUCUUAUUUGCAUAA